GGCCGACCUGGGCUGGACGACACACACAAAACGGACCCAUUUCCCGCGGCGCGGCUGCAGCUCGCGCCAUCCAUCCACAGACACGUCCCUCCCCACCCCCCUUUCCUCUCCUCGCCUCCCUCGCAAAACCGUCUCCCCCGCCCCGAAUCUAGCCAGCCAGCCAGCCAGCCACGCGCGCCCGCCAGCCACCGGGCAUCCCUCCUCCCAUCUCUCUCUCGCGCGCGGGGGCGCGAGGUCGGACGGACGGACGGACGGACGGCCGGCCGGUGUUUCUUUCUCCCCUUCUGACCUCGGCCGGCCCGCCGCACGUCGGCGUACGGGUACGUGCGCGCGUGCCCGCGGGAUGCGGUGCUGACCCGUGCAUGCCUGCGAUGAGCGCGUGAUGGCGCCGCCGUUCCUCAAGACCGGGCACGGCCGCGACUCCAGGUUCUCCUUCAGGCGGCGCAAGUCCGGGAAGGCGUCGUCCACGCCCUCCUCGCCGCUCUCCUCGGUCUCGUCGGAGGACGUGGCCCUCGACCCGGGGAGCCCCACGAUGGAGCCCUCGUCCAAGGCCCAGACGCUGCCGUGCGCCAGGCGGAUGCUCUCCAGGAGCAGCUGCGGGUCCAGGGGCAAGCUUUCGGUCGACCUCAUCCCGCCGCCGCUCGCCGGCGGCCCUUCCGACGGACCAAGGCCGUCCACGUCCGCCGCGCCGCCCCAGAAGCCCCCUCCACGGCCCGAGGGCCCGCCUUCAGACACGGACAUGGUGAAGGAGAAGUUCUCCAAGCUGCUGCUGGGGGAGGACAUGUCCGGCACCGGCAAAGGGGUCUCCUCGGCUCUCGCUCUCUCCAACGCCAUCACCAAUCUUGCAGCUUCCGUGUUCGGUGAGCAGCGGCGUCUCCAACCGAUGGCCCCUGAGCCGAAGGCUCGGUGGACAAAGGAGAUCGACUGGCUUCUCUCUGUCACCGAUUUCAUCGUCGAGUUCGUUCCUUCACGCCAGGUGGCUGAGGAUGGCAGCACCAUGGAGGUUAUGAUAACUCAGCAACGCAGAGAUCUGCUGAUGAACAUCCCGGCAUUGCGCAAGCUUGACGGAAUGCUCCUUGACUAUCUCGAUAGUUUCGGCGACAAGCAGGAGUUUUGGUAUGUGAAGAAAAAUGACAAUGAAUCGGAGAAGGGCGACGCGGCGGAGCAGAGUGACAAAUGGUGGCUCCCGACGGUCAAGGUCCCUCCCGAGGGUCUGUCAGACUCCACGAGGAGAUGGCUUCAGCACCAGAAGGAGCUCGUCAACCAAGUCUUGAAGGCAACAAUGGCCAUCAAUGCUAAUGUUAUCAUGGAGAUGGAUGUUCCAGAAGCAUACAUGGAGUCUCUGCCUAAGAAUGGGAAAUCCACCCUUGGGGACUCGAUGUACAAGCUUAUAACCGACGAUUAUUUCAACCCCGAAGAACUCAUAGCAACGGUUGACCUGUCGAACGAGUACAACAUUGUCGAUCUGAAGAACCGGAUUGAAGCGUCGGUCGUCAUUUGGCAGAAGAAAAUGCAGAGGGAUGGCAAGUGGGGCCAUGGCGUUAGCCACGAGAAGCGGGGCCGAUUCGAGGGGAGGGCGGAGAACGUUCUUCUCCUACUCAAGCACAGGUUUCCAGGGAUUUCCCAAUCAGCUCUGGACAUCAGCAAAAUCCAAUACAACAGGGAUGUUGGGAGUGCCAUUCUGGAGAGCUACUCAAGGACGCUCGAGAGCCUAGCCUACACCGUAAUGUCCCGCAUCGAGGACGUUCUCCACGCCGACUCCCUCACCCAAGACCCCAAGCAAGGGGACUCGUUGCGGAUGCCGAGCUUGACAUCCGAUGACACGGACACGGUGGUCCAAGACGCCAAGGACGAGAUGGGGAGGCUGGGAAGAAUGGAGCCGGUUAACUCGACAUUGUUCGACCUCGUGGGGCCUCGGGACGGCACCAUCGAGACCAUGAUACUAGAAUCACAGGAUCCCCAGGGCAAGAAGCUGAGCAAGGUCUCCAAGAUCGGCACCAAGAGGUACUCCUACCUGGACAAGCUUGAGAACCUGGGCGGAGCACGGAGCCCCAUAUCUAGACACUAGUGGCGCGCUGCCGUAGGGGGUGGCGGGGAGGGGAGGUGGGGUGGGGGAAGACAUAUGUGCCAGAUCAUUCGGACCAAAAUGCAUGUAAAUAUGUGUUGAGAGCAUUGUGAUCGAUCAGGGUGCACUGUGACUUGUGAGGUUUAUGUAAGCUUUCGGACACCUGUCUGUAUCUCCAUUGUGUUCGACCCCCAGUGGAAAUUUGGUGCAGAGGCCAAUAUGAUGUGCUGCUGAUGUGUGACCCCCCCUUAUCUACAAGAACUAAAUAAUGUUGAGAUUUUUCACACUGAGCCUGAGAAAUGGACAUGUAGUUUUCUAGCCUGCUUCUGUACUAGUUAACCUUGACCUCUUCCAGACCCUGUUUUCCGUGCAAUGUUUGUUAAGCGUAGCCUUUCCAGUGUCUUGUAGGAGUGUUAUAAUGUCAGUUGGAUUUUUGCAUAAAAUCGACGACGCAAUGUAUGCUUGAUGGUAUUUAUCAGACAUUAACGAAACAAGCGGGGUAAGAACUAAUAUCCUGCCGGCAGCAGCAACAACUCUUAGUUUCGAAUUAUUUGUCGCAGAAAUGGAUAGUAGUUCCGGACGGAGGGAGUAUGUACGUGUGCAGCUGUGCACGCAGAGCGAUGAGUAGGCCGGCCGGACAAUACAUAUUGGCUCGAAACAGGCUUUCGCCCCGCUUUUUAUAUAUAAAGCACAAACCAAACCCAGGGAAAGAAGUAUAGAUCGGCACUGUACCCGUACCAUCGCACACAUUAGGCAAGUACUCCCUCCGUUCUGGAUUACUUGUCGCAGGUAUGGAGGGAGUAGUAAUUUAAACCGCCAGUACAGCAAAAACAUGGUACUGCAAAAAACAGUACUGGCAAUCGUC